CUCAGAAAUACAAAGCACCUUUGUUUGGAACCGCGUAGAUGCCUGAAUGUGGCAAUUUGCAUUAUGGACUCCAUCCAAUCUUCUCAACAUACGCGCCAAGGCAAAGACGAAGCCACCCGAUCCCUGCGUAAACCGUCAACGCGGGUCCGUGUCAACGCCGGGAAAUCAUCAAAUUCUGGGGUGAGAAAUAUCAAAUUACCAACUAGACGAAUAUCGCGAGCCUGCGACUUGUGUCGUUUAAAGAAGCUACGGUGCAAUGGUGUUCAUCCAACUUGUGAGGCAUGUUCCAUAAGCGGCCAGGACUGCACAUAUGGAAUCCGAGCUAAGAAACGCGGCCUUCCGACUGGUUAUGUUCGGAUUCUGGAAGCCUUAUGGGGUAUAGUUUUUGAAGUUAUCCCAGACAGUAUGUCGACGGUUUUGCAGCUGCUACAGAAUGCAGACGUGGUUUUAGACCAUGAUGAUAAGGUUACCCUUUCUAGUCAUCAUGUCACUUCCGCGGAUGGCUUGCGACAAAUCUGGGCCAGGAGCUCAGUGCGGCGGGCCAUCGACGAAAGGGUCUUGGAAAUAGAAAAAGGAGAAGGGUUAUUACAACAAACUAAAACAACAGACACCAGUCUUAGCUCCUCGAACUUUCCGAGAUGGGAAGCUCCUCUUCAAAUACCAAGUGAUAAUCUUGGAACGUCUCCCAAAGACACCGGAAGUGUGGCUAUUGGUAGAGAAAUGCACCACCAAAACUAUCUCAAUACUACGAAUAUCUUACUGGAAGAUGGAAGUUGUGUACUAGAAGGCUCUGGGUUUCAAAAAAAGUCAAUGCUCUCGCUCCCUGUUGAUGCUUGGUCCCUCGUUGACGCCUAUAGCCAAUACAUCAACGCCUGGCUUCCAAUAAUUCCGAAACAUCAUCUUGUGAGAAUAUUGAGCUCCUAUGAAGAUGGAUCACACUGCUCAGUACCUGAAAUAGCAUUGAUGUGGGCUGUAUUUGCGCUAGCAUCUAGCGAAAUGCGGAAGGAUACAACAAACGUGAACGAGACACAGCGAUCACGUCGCUAUUAUCAUCAUGCCCUAAAGCUAACAUCGGUUGACAACAUUACUGAUACUUCAAAUCUUCAUCUAGUCUUUAUAAUCCUCGCAAUGCUAGAUAUGUCCGAAAAUAAAUGGCACAACGCUUCUAUGUUAACGGGCAACGCGGUUCGCUACGCUCUCGUCGUGAAUACCAGAGUGGGUGUGUCUAGCCUUUCUGCGAGAAAGGAUUUUGGCAUUCUUGGUGCAUUUGUCAUGGAUACCCUUAUUUCAGCUCGUAUAGAAGCUCUUCCUCAUCUCCGCAGUAAUGAUAUCCGCCAGAUGAUAGAGUUUGACGUGCAAGGACAAGAGGAAUGGGAUCAGUCGCCUGGGUGCCAACAGCCAUUGCGAAGUCUUAGUACUUUUAAGGAAUACAUAAAACUUCUUAUGAUUCUCAACGACUACACCUGUUAUUUAUGGCAGUCGAAUCACGUGGCUGCUUCAAAGCUGUCUUUGUCUCUUGAAUCAUGGGUAUUCAAUCUUCCGAGGCAUUGCAAUUUCGGUUCUGCGUCACCUGGUAGUGAUCAACAAUUAGUUAUGUCGCUACCUGUGGCAAAUUUGGGACUUGCGUUUGAUAUUGUCUUCUUCUAUAUCCAAGCAGGCGCUCAAACUGACUUGCUAGCCCGACCUGUCAGUGAGGGGUCACACCGUAAUGUAUCUCGAUUGAAGGAAGCAUACGUUAGCUCAUUCCAAGCUUUCCAAUGGAGAGGCAUACUGAGCCUUCACCGCCAUGCAUUUUCGAUCAAAGAUGGUAGCUCAGCAAGUCUAAUCUCAGAUAGCCCCAGGCUUGGUAUCGAACAGAAAGAUAUUAGAAUUAUUUCCAGUGAUGUUGCUACCCCGGAACGGCUAGGUGGUCAAAAGUCAAUUGGAUCAUUGAUCGACGAGCUUUCUUCUAUCCACGACGGAGCCGAAUAUGACACCCAGUCCAGCCAAUUUAUGUGGGACCUUGGAUUUUAUGACCAAAAUUUGCCUUUAUCAUAGGUAGACUCGAUUAAUUUUGAGCAUUCUGCAGUAAGUGCUUGCAGGAUAAAGAUAUGACCUUACUCUCAGUGCCGCCACUUCGUUCUCUUGUUAGGGCAUCAUCUAUAGUGGGUCCUAUAAAUAGCUAUAGAUGCCAUACCGCAUGCCCUUCGAAUGCCGACAUAUUUGAUAUCAAUUGAUUCCUGCAUUUCACGUAGUUCUCUCAAUGUUCUCAAAUUUCAACAAAAAUAAUGUGGCUGUAUCCUCUCCCCCAGCUCCGUACUGAAUUAUCGCAUGGAGGCCGCCAUUUCUACAGAACAAUUGCCCGGAGACCUUUAAUAGUCUCGUGGACAAAUUUCUUGUGAAGGGUAGCCUCUACAAAAUCCCUUACAUAUAAUGCAAUGGUUUCAGGGUUCAUGGAGCAAGUGGCAGGAAGGCACUUAAAUAUACUAUAAAUGCAUUGUACUUCUGAUUA